AUGGCCGCACCACAGCCCCUCAUCCAGAGCGCAUUCCAGGCCGCCAUGCACGAAUUCAAAACUAAUCUCAACAACGAUGAGCUCUACACCAAGCUGCUCGCAGUCACAUCCAUCGACGAGGUCUACGACCUGACCGAUAAACUUCAAGCAGAUCAGGGCAGAAAAGGGCACCUCCGCCAUCUAGCCAAGAUCGAGCCUUUCCUCAACCGGCUCCGGGAAUAUACUGGCGCCAUUGAUACUUUUGUGCAGGCAUAUCCAGAAAUCAUGGGAUUGAUAUGGGGUCCGAUUAAGCUGCUGCUGCAGUGGAGUAGUGCCCUGACGCAGUCGUUUGAUGCGAUCGUGAACACGACAGCGGAUAUUGGAUUGUUGUUGCCGGAGUUUCAGGAAGUUGUCGUCUUAUUCUCGGGAAAUGAUAGGAUCUACGAUGUUCUGGUUUUGUUUUUCAAGGAUAUCCUAGACUUUUAUCAGAUUGGUUUGAAGUUCUUCACGAUGCCGCGGUGGAAAUACUUUUUCGAGGCCUUGUGGCCGCGGAAGAAGGAGCACAUUAGUCUGGUGAAGACUCACAUUGAACGGCACGCUCUGCUCAUGCGGAACGAAGUGAGGCUGGAGCAUAUCCGAGAAGAGCAUGAUACUCGCUUGAAAGCUUUUGAGCAUUUCAAGAAUGCCGAGAAAUCUCACCGAUUACAGCAGUUUUACGCUAUCAAAGCGGACAUGAGUCCGAGGAUGUAUGAUGAUAAACUCAACUGGUACCAUAGCCGAGUCUGUGAAGGUACAGAAACUUGGUUCUUUCAAGAUGAUGCGGUAAAGGAUUGGUUGGAUGUCAGUAAUGGCACUGCAAAGGUCGUCUGGCUUCAAGGAAUUCCGGGUGCAGGAAAGACGUUUCUUGCUGGUGCCGUGGUGGACAAGGCGUAUACCAUCGGUCAUACUGCCUUCGUCUUUCUCAGUCAUACCUUCAGCAGCACUACGUCGGCCCUAGGUGUUCUGCACUCGCUUCUGUUUCAACUGGCCUCUCAGCACGAAGAUCUCCAAGAUGUACUCUGUCACUCAACCAAUGAACAAAUCAAAAGCAAUAUUACCGUGGCGGUGGAUACACUCAAGACAGUUCUGGAUUGCGCCGGGCAGGUCUUUCUCAUUAUUGAUGGUUUGGAUGAGAUCGAGGAGAUUGAGCGCGGAGUGCUCUUGAAGCAACUUCUGCGUCUGUCUCACGAAUGCCAUGAGACCCGCAUAUUUAUCAGCAGUAGACGGGAGGAGGACAUCACGGCAAUUCUCGAGGCCAGAUCGGAAAUGAUUCGGGUUGAUGGGAGAAAUGAGGAAAGCAUCCAAGUCUUUGUCGACUAUCAGCUGAAGCAGAUUUUCCAAAGUAGACGGUUUCCUCCUCAAAUUCAGGAUGAAAUAAAGCGCUCGUUGGCACCGCUUGCAUCCAAAGCCAAAGACGAUGUGGCUGAAAUUUGUGAAGAUUUGAGCAUUCUGCCAGAAGAUCUGGAUGAUGCGUAUUCCCGAGUGCUUGUACGAAUCAACAAACUGCGACCACCAUCGGCCCGCGACAAGGCCAGAAGAAUACUGGCCUGGGUGGGUUGCUCGCCGACACCACUAACCGUCCAGGAGAUCGAGCAAGCACUGACGAUCAAACCUGGAAGCCUUGAAUUGGAGAAGAAAGUGUUCGCCAGCCCAAACCUUAACCGACUCUGCGGGCCCAUUAUCGAAAUAAUUGAUGGAUAUAUUCAGUUUGUACACUUCACAGUCAAGGAAUACUUGUUUAGUCCCGGCAUAGACGGACAUAUCAGUCUUACCCAUGCGACCCUCGAUCUUGCCAUCUGCUGCACCUCUUUCCUCAGUCAAACACAUUACGAUGUCGAUAUUCUGAGCAAUGAUGAUGUCUUCACCGGCCUCCUACAAGAUGGGAGCUAUAGACUGCAUCAUUUCGCAGUAAAUGGCUGGUAUGAGCUGGUCAAAAAGUACUUGCAGUUGACACAGAACAAGCCACUGCCACUAGGGCUUGUGCACUGCCUAAGGACGCUGAUGGUUAAACGCAGCAACGAGGACUUUGCAGCAGAGCGCGAUACCUUUUUCAAACCUGCGUGCUUGCAGCCUAUCAAAACAGAGUAUCCGGAUCUGUAUCAGUUUCUUGUUAGAAUAGCUCAAUUUCAUGAGAGAUGCUCACAAACUUGGUAUCAUGUCAACGAAGGGGACGAAUGGAACAGGUUUGAUCCACUGUCUAUAUUCCGUGUAUCGGCGAAGAUAUACCGAGAGCUGGACUCCCAGCUGUGUCCUUCCAGUUAUCAUCAACCAAGCUGCCACUGCGAUUCCAUUAAGCGGAACUUUGGCAAACGUCCGUUCAAAUGUGGCUACUUGAACUGUUCUUUUCAACAGCAUGGCUUCGAAUCCAUAGCGCAACGAGCAAAACAUGAUAAAGAGCAUACGCGCCCUUGGAAAUGCAGCGUCUCCGGGUGCGAAUAUGAGAAUAUAGGAUUUCUAUCCCGCAGCAUGAGAGAUCAACACCUGGAAAAGGCUCAUAAGGACAAGACACCACCGAGGGAUCUCUCCGAUGACACAAUCGAACAGGAUGAGGUGCAGGCACUGGUGCUCGAUCUGGUCAGAGUGGAUGAAGUGGAGAUGGUCGAGCGUCUCCUGCCGCGCGUUGACGAUCUCUAUCGAUUUUCGUCUCUCCUGGGCAAGACAGUAGGCGAACUCGGGUCUUUGCCAAUGGCGCGGAUGAUCGCGCGGGUCUGCGAGGAGGGGGCGAAGCACAGGGCUGUGGAUCAGUUUUAUCACGGAGCUAUAAAGACCGGUAAUGUCAAAUUUAUUGAUUGGCUUAUCGGCUCGAAUCAGAUGCCGGAAUAUAGAGAUGAGGCGGCGUCUAUUACUGCUGCCUUCGUAAAGAGCGACUCUGAGGACGUGUGGAGACUCUGCGAGCAGUUUAUGGCGGCUCUCUCGCGCGCUGACGAUAUGGACCGAAGGAUGUCCGAUGUUUGUUUUGAAGAGCCAGUCAUAAAUGCCACCUGCAGGAUCGCGAAAAGAGAAAACAUGUUACUUUCGCUGUGGGAAUCCGUCGGAGGGAUUAAGAAGCUCAAGGCUGCUAAGCUUUCAUAUGCCUUAGGAGUUGUGGCAAGAACAACGUGCUCUAUUCCACUCGGGAGAGCUCUCCUCCAAUACGGAGCUGAUGUCAAUGGACAGAAGGGUAAAUUAGCGGUUUCGCCCCUUCAAUUUGCGGCGCGGAAGUCGUCGAUUGAAAAUGCAGAGUUCAUAAGAUUCCUCCUCUCUGCCGGCGCCGAUCCGGAACAGGUUUCGCGCUCGCGAAAACCUUCCGAUGAGAUAGGCGCCAAGGAGAUUGUUCGGUGGCUUGGGAUGACAUGGAAUGAACUCGUCGAGCAGACGAGAGAUUGUAGAAGGGGCGCCUCCGCUGCCCCUCAGAUCCUUCAGUAG